UUUAAAACUGAAACCACAAGCUCCAAUUCCCUCAGCACUCUCAAGCCUUCUCCAAUCACUGUCUUCCCUCUUCUCUCCUCCCUCCACUAGUCUCCCAUCUCCAUGAAAGGAAGAAGGAACCACCACCUUAGCCCUGUAGGAAGCCCAUCUUCCGACACCGAGUCUGGUGGUGCAAUCGCUGUGGGUCAUGGCCUCGACUCGUCCCCAAAGGAGCAAGACCGCUUCCUCCCCAUCGCCAACGUGAGUCGCAUCAUGAAACGGUCUCUCCCCGCGAACGCCAAGAUAUCGAAGGAAGCUAAGGAGACGGUGCAGGAGUGCGUGUCGGAGUUCAUCAGCUUCAUCACAGGCGAGGCCUCCGACAAGUGCCAGAGGGAGAAGAGGAAGACCAUCAAUGGGGACGACCUCCUCUGGGCCAUGACCACCCUCGGCUUUGAGAACUACAUAGAGCCCCUCAAGGUCUACCUCAAUAAGUACCGGGAGACUGAAGGCGAGAAGAAUUCCAUGGCAAGGCAGGGUGAGCAGUCCUCCAUUGAUGAGGGGCACCACAACCCAAGUUCUACUCAUGGUGCAAGUGGUGUUGGUCCGAUGGCUAAUAGUAGUAUUGUGACUUCCAAUGCUAGCCUUAUGGGAUUUGCUGGUGGGUUUUACUCUGCCGGGCCACCUCAUGUGGCUCCACAAGGCUUUGGAGGGGGAGGACGAAGGAUGAUGGGGUUUGGAGAGAACUCCAAGAUGAAUGAUUUUGACAUGGGUACGGUCAAUGAAGGUGGGGAUGGAAAUGGUGGUAGAGUUUUGCCUAGCCAGCUUCAUGGAGUUCAAUGGUGAUAAAUAAAUAGCAUAUAGUGCUGUUUUCUCUCCCUUUGGAGAUGGAAAAUGGUCUCUCUUUCGGGUAGUUGCACGCCUGCAUCCUUCUUUCUCUAAUACAACAUAUGGUUAAAGAGAUCGAAGGGAGAAUGUCUAUAAGAGAAGGAAGGUGUAUUAAUUUAUGCAUCUUUUAUAUAUAAGUAUAUUAUAUAUCUCACUUUGUGUUUAAGCACUUGGAGAAUCUAGAGCAAAGGGUGCCUUAGUCUUAUAUGAAUA